AUGGCUGGUGAUAACGUCCCACCAUCACCAUCCAAUCCCAGCAAAUCAGAUAAUUCAAAAUCUGAUGUCUCAAAUCCAUUCUUCACUCAUCAUUCAGACCACCCUGGAUUGGUCCUAGUCUCCAAGCCUUUGAAUGGAGACAAUUACACAGGUUGGAAGAGGGCUAUGACAUUGGCUCUUAAUUCUAAAAACAAACUCGGCUUUGUGAAUGGUUCAAUCAAAGCUCCAUCAUCCGAAGCUGAUCCUGAAGGAUAUGCAACUUGGUCAAGAUGCAAUGACAUGGUCCAUUCAUGGAUCGUUAACACUGUCAGUUCUGAAAUUGCUGACAGUAUCAUCUACUAUCCUACAGCUCAUGAGGUAUGGGAAGAUCUAAGUGAGCGUUUUUCACAAGGCAAUGCACCUCGCAUAUUUGAAAUUCAGCGAGACAUCGCUUCACUCAGAAGCAUCACAAGGAGCCCAGGCAGAUCAACAGAAACUUAUGCAGUUCUUGAUGGGAUUAAAUGA